AUGUUUGGUGGUCUUUGCUCGAAUGCCCAAUAUAUUCUCUCAAAGCAGCAACAGAGCUCAUGGAUUAGUUUGACUGUUGGAUGGGCAUUCGCGGUAACAUUCGCUGUCUAUGGAGGAUUUAACAUAUCCGGUAGCCAUUUGAAUCCGGCUGUAUCCGUCUUCAUGUUCACCAUGGGACAUUUGUCUACUCGACGAUUGUGUGUCUAUAUUGUUGCACAAACGGUCGGAGCAUUCUUUGGAGCCGCAUUAACAUUUAUUGUGUACUACGAUGCUUUGAACGAAUACGAUGGUGGCAUACGAUCGGUGACAGGUCCGCUGCAAACUGCUAGCAUCUUCGCCACCUAUCCACAACCAUACUUAUCCGUUCUUGGCGGCUUUCUGGAUCAGGUAAUCGGUACAACGUUUCUUUGUGUUUGUGUUUGCAUUUUAUUUGAGAAAAAGAACGAAGUGCCCAGAUUUCUUCAACCGCUUUUCGUUGGUUUCAUUGUCACGUUGCUCACUGUGACGCUUUCACAUAACUGUGGAUGUGCGAUUAAUCCGGCUAGAGAUCUUGGACCACGAUUGUUCACUCUUCUGGCCGGCUGGGGACUAGAAACAUUCAGCUUCCGAAACUAUACAUGGUUUUGGAUACCUAUCGUCGGCCCAACGUUGGGCGCUGUCAUCGGUGCGUGGAUGUACACACUCUUCCUUGGUAUUCAAAUAGUUGACGAAACAGAAGAGAUUCGCUCAGAAACGAUUCGCUCAGCAAUUCAAGCUGCUCUUGCAAAAGAUACCAAAUGGAAAGAUACUGAGUUGGCCACAUGA